UUGUAAUGUUAGCAAGUGGAGCUGGGGAGGACUGCUUUGGGGAGGCAGAACUGCCACUAAAGCAUUUGGAUAAGGCUGGUGCGUCAUCAUGCGGCGGGGGGAGCACAUAUCACAGGCUUUCCAGGCCCCGGUGGAUGUCCACGCCAGUGCAGAUGGCCAGGUUUACAUGUUCAACAGGAGGCCCAAUGAGUCCACCGCAUCCUCAGAUGAUGAGGAGCUCAAUCUCAUGGAGAUGAGGCCGUGGGUUUUCCAAGACCAGGAGCAGGACAGCCUGAGGAGCGUCCAGCUGCUGGAGUGCGAGGUACUAGAUGGUGACAACCUCAGCAAGCUUGCACUGCAAUAUGGCUGCAAGGUGGCAGAUAUAAAGCGGGUGAACAACCUUAUGCAAGAACAAGAUUUAUUUGCCUUGAAAUCUAUCAAAAUACCCGUUCAGAAACACAGCUUUCUAACAGAGACGUGCACAGAACCGAGCGACCCUCGAGAAGAAACGCCACAUUCAUCCACCGCACUGGUGAAGCCUCAGGACCGAGCCAGAGCACAACCACAUCUGCAGGAGGUCACAGACUUUCUAAUGGAGGUGGACCACGAUAUCGAGAAACUGAUUCAGACCACAAACGAUCAAGACGACGAUUUCUCGGCUAACUCCGGGAAACAGCAGAGGUUUGGUUUCAGAGGGCGGCGCCUGACCGGACCCGGUGCAGACUGGAGCAUCCAGUGGUGGAACGCCGUGGUUGCCAUGCUCCUGAUAGGCAUCGUCCUGCCAUUAUUUUAUGUCAUUUAUUUCAAGACAAAAGAUAAUGGAGCGGUUAAUGAUGGGGGUGCUUCAGAGCUAUCCACCGCCUCUUCUAACUCCUCGGGGACAGGCCUCGACACGAGAGGACCGGAGCAUUUUCAAGAACCAGGAUAGUGCGGAAACAGGAAUCAUUUUUAAGACUGUUCUGUUUGAUGGCUGGAUGGAAGUAGGUGACAAUCAAGAUUAAGCAAAAUUUCAACAUUUUAAAUGUGCAAUACCCCCAUGUGUCAGCGAAUUUCCCCUUUUAUUUUGUACUUUAACAACUAAUGUUUGAGGCAGAUACUUCAAUGAUUGUCCUGAAGUGAAAUUGCUGCACUGUCCUCGUUUUUUUUUUGACAAUUUAGGACACUAACAUUUCCCUGAAAUCUGUGAUCCUUUGGUUUAAGAAACAGUUGUGUGUUGGGAUCACAGUUCCCCCUUCCUUCCCAAAUUUGAGAUAUUAUUAAAUGGUUGUGUCUUGAAGUUCCUCACAUGACACAAGCUGAGUAGUAGAUGAAAAAAAUAAAUGUAUUUGUGUGUGUGUGCCUGUUGCCAGUAUCGACACAUCAACAAGUGUCAAUAUCAGUGUCGUAUAUCGACGCAAUCUUGAUAUCUGUCCCAAUACAGUAAUAUAUAUUUUUAACUUUUGCCUGAAAAUGGGAGAAAAGCCUGUGAUGUUUAACUAUUUGACAUGGGUUUGAGCAUUAAUGUUGUGUCUUGUUUGAUUUAACUUAUUUGUGUGGCUGUGUUGACUGUUUAGUUAUGGCCGUGCACCUCGUGCCUUCUCUCUGGGUGUGAAUACAGUGUCAAAUGUGUACAUUGUGUUUCCUCUAAGAAUUUGGUGCAAUUCUUUAUCCUGUUAGAUUGUAUGUGCUCAUUUGACACCUUGUGAUCUUUAAUAUUUAAGGUGUUGCAUUCUGAAAGUUCCCUGAAUGUGAGUAUAUAUAUAUAUAUAUAUAUAUA